CUUUCUUCCGCCUCCAUAACUUCGCCCAAUUCUCUCUCUAUUACGGCUAUCAAUCUGUUACUUCAAUUCUUCGCAUAGCAUGGAGACCAUCUAAGGCAUGCUACCGUAAAAGGCAUUGUGGCGCAGGAGCCUUACUUCUAUCGGCAAUAUUCAGGAGUCUUUGGAUCUUAAAAACCUGUCACGACUGAUCUUUCUUGCAACCAGGGCCGACAUGAUCGGCUGAGUAUUACGAUCUCGACAUAGCACAGGCACAGAUGUCAUUCAGACCACGAUCCCAGCUUCAGAUGUCUCGGCCUGAAAAGGAGACCGGUCUUCCAAUGCCACUGGGCUCACCGAAAUUGAAGCGGCAGAGAUUACCUUCUCGGCUGCUGUCACGAAAAACAACCCUUGUGUUGUCUCUUGUCAUCGUGUUACUCCUGGUGUUCCCAGUCAUUGGAAAGUUACGACACGGACUAUGCGGCACUUCAUCACUUUUCAUGGACAGCGGGUUCUGUCCUGCGAUCCUUGCAAACAUUUGGCACUUGUUCUAUCAUCUGGGUGGAAAUGGGCCUUGGAUACCUAGGGUCAGCGGAGUCGAAUACUCAAACGCGUCCCUGCCCAAACAUUGUUCGGUAGAUCAGGUUCACAUGCUAUCUCGACAUGCCGAACGGUAUCCUACCAAGAACGCCGGAGCCAGACACUUCGAUCUCUUGGACCGUCUGCAGAAGCCUGAUGUAGAACUAACAGGGGCUCUCUCUUUUUUGAAGUCCUGGGAAUACUUCACAGACCCCGAAGAUCCUGCAUUCGAGAAUCUGACAGCCACUGGUCCAUAUGCCGGAACUCAGCAAGCCUUCAAUACCGGCAAGAUGCUGCGAGAAUUAUAUGAUCAUCUUGUGCCUCGGGCCCGACGCACAAAGUUCUGGUCUUGCAGUUCCGGGCGGGAUAUCGAGACAGCCAUGAAUUUCGCAGAUGGGUUCUUUGGCUCAGACUGGCACUCGGACGGCUCCGCUGAACUUGUUGUUAUCCCUGAAGACGCCGACCGGGGCGCAGAUACUCUGACUCCAGGAGAUACAUGCUACAAAUAUCGCAGGGAUGGCUACGGUCAUGACUAUGGUUACGGGAAGCUCGAACUAUGGCAGAAGGUGUUCACGGAGCCUAUCAUCGACCGACUCUCCGCGCACGCACAAGGCGCGCGAAUCGACCAUCUGGACGUUUACAGCAUGAUGGAAAUGUGUGGAUUCGAGAUCCUAGCAAAAGGCUCGAGCCCCUGGUGUGCGGUCUUUACCCAAGAAGAAUGGCUGCAAUUCGAGUACGCGCGCGACCUCUUGCAUUUCUAUCGAGCUGGUCCCGGCAAUUCCUACGCCGGGGCAAUGGGAUGGCUUUGGCUGAACGCGACGCAAAACCUCAUGUCGAACCGGUCUUCCAAAGACGUCUACUUCAGCUUCGUUCACGACGGGGACAUCGUACCCGUAAUGGCAACGCUGCAGAUCCUGAACGAGCGAGUGAUGCUGCAGGAAUUGCCCACCACUCAUAUGAAGGCCGAUCGACGCUGGCGGACGAGCGACGUGGUACCAAUGGGAGGACGAUUGAUAUUUGAACGGAUUGCAUGUCAGACUGACCCUGAAAGUACUGGCGAACUGGAACAUUUUGUGCGACUCUUCGUCAACGAUGGACUGAUGAAGUUGCCUGGAUUACAUGCAACCAAGAAAAUUGAGCAUGGUGUUCGGUUGGAAGAUUUUCAGAAUUUUGUCUUGUCUCGAAAGGAGACGUUUGGGGACUUUCGUGAGGUCUGCGCUUUGCCCGAGAACAGCCCGGACAGAAUAACUUUUCUACAUCAAUAGACGCUUAGAGGGAAAUGAGAAUAUUAAGACAUGAUAAGA